CAGAGAUAUCCACAACCACCUAUAGGAGCAUCUACCCACCUACACAUAAAGAUGUACACCCACUCGUAGAGACACAUACCACUUAUUACAUUAGUCAACCCAACCGCCCAUAUUCCUCUCACAGACACCCACCUACCCCUUCUCACGGAGACACCCACCCACCUCCCUCUCAAAGACACACUCAUAACAA